AUGUUUACGGAUGACGCAAAGACUCGGGGUCCUGCACUAACAGCCCGGGCGACUCAAGAGACCACACAGUACCCAGACAUAUUCGAUAAGUUACCAUCAUUACCCCGUGUAUUAGCAGAUGAUCUUAAUAGAGGUGAUUAUACUCUUACACCGCCCCUAUCAACAUCUCGUGGAGUUGAAUGUUCAAAUCUAGCCGGAGUUGUGCCACCCGAACUAAUGCGGGCCAGUAUGUAUACAGUACCAGCAGACGAAGAUUUAUACGAGGUAGUUGGCAUUCCUAUGCUAGUCUUAGUCCAGCCGUUCAAUGAUAUAGUAGCUUUACCCGAAUUUACUGUCUCCUAUCCAGCCGAACUAGGCCAGUGUCGUAGUUGUAAGGCCUUCCCGGCUCCUUCCAAUAGUUCAGCUUAUAAAUGUGCGAUCUGUGGUCAGAAUGGCGAGGUAGAUGGCGAACCUGCCACUCUUCUUCACCAUGCCGUAGACUAUACUGUGCAAAAAGAAGCAUUAACCGAUCGUAGUUGGUACUCCCGCCGUGAACUGCCUAAAAUAACCGCCUUUCCUAUUCCGGCCUGUCGUAAAUGGGCUGAAGCCACAGUUGUAUUUGCCAUUGAUGUAUCUUUGACCUCUAAAUCUUCAGCCCAGUUUGCUGAGUAUUUAGGAGGCUUACAAGACUUAAUUGAGUCUCGGGACUUUGCUUUAUUGUACCAGCGCUUUGCUGUUGUUCUUAUUGGUAGUACUCCAGCGGUAGUAUCAGAUACGGAGUUAGGUCUAGCUGUUAAUGUACUGAAUAGAGUAGAGGGAGAAGCAGGACUAGCUGCUCCUUGGCUAAUUGAGGUGGAUACAAUGACGGGAGACAAAGUUACUUCUUUAGUUAAGCUGAUAGCUGAAUAUCCGACUGAUGGUUUUGAUUUAGCCGCUGGUUUAACUACGGCAGCCCAAUUAGUAUCUUAUACGGGUGGAGGUUCAAUUCUUUUAUGGCUAGGUCGGCCGAGUUAUGACAUUACUAUUCAAGCACCUUUACUGCAGGGUAUUUCUGAGUGUGGAGCAGCAGUGCAUAUAUUUACGCCUAAGACUACUCAGCUGCACAAAACCAGUCGUGUAGCUUUUGCAACUGGUGGAGCCUUAGAACAAGAAGAUAUUCGAGCUAUGGUUAGUGACAAAGUGCUUAGAGAACUAUUCCUGCGCUGUACAGUCAGGAUAGUAGCUAGUAAUGGUCUGGCUAAACGAGCUAUUUAUUCCUGUGGGUUUUCCGAAACAAUCACGGGCUCUUUGUUCUCCCAGAUGGAUGCCGGAACAACACUAAGUAUUUCCUUUGGCGUGGACGACUUUAUGCGAGAAGGAGCUCCAGUCCAGAUUCAGACCAUUGUGGAGUACGUGGAUAUUCAAGGGGCCGAUCGAGUUCGAGUGAUCAAUAUGCGGCUGAAAGCUUCCCGAUUAGUCCAGCAGUUAUAUGCAGGUAUGGCCUUUGAUACUAUCUUUGCAGGUAUGUGUAAGUAUGUAGCAUCUGAUCCAGCUUCUAUGCUAGAUAGUGUACGGAAGGCAGAGGUAGCCAUUGUAACUGCGCUAGCUUUGUAUAAGAAGAUCUGUGCUAAAGAUACGGCUAGUAAUCAGUUGGUUUUGCCUGAAACAAUCAAAGUACUGCCAUGUAUCUUACAAAGUUUGUUAAAGUAUCCUAAGUUGCAUUUAGGUCCAGCAGCUAAAGAAGAGUUAGCUGGAGCCUUAAUGCCCUUAUCAGUGGAACGGACUUUACGUAUGUUUUAUCCUAGAUUAGUGAAGAUAUCCAGUCUUUUUGUUUCGGCUGGGAUUAUGAGCUUUGCCGGGGAAAGAUUAAGUAUGCGCGGGUUAAGUACAGAUGAGGGGUACAUACUGGAUGCUGGGGGUCGAGUGGUCUUUUGGUUUGGCCAUGGUGCUAUUGAUUUUGCCGAUGAAAUGCUAGAAAGUAGUGCGGUGACUGAUGCGCUGGCAGCUCUACGUGAGGCGUAUGGCGUGCACAUAAAGGUUCUACGACGUGCCCAGGGCGAGCAAGAUGCUGAUUUUAUUGGAUACAUGGUUGAAGACCAAAUGGGCGGCUAUCCUAAGUAUCAGGACUACCUAGGCACACUACACACUAAAGUAUCGCGCAAAUAA